CCAGCGCUCGUUACCAGCUCGCAUUCAGCAAAAUCAGGAAGUUAGAAAACAGCCUUUAGUCUACAGCCAGCAAAUUUUCUUUAGGGAAGUUGCAAUUGGUUUCUUGCAAAACUUAGAAGCUGAAGUCUGUGCAACACAUCGGACGUUUGAUGAAUACUGUGCAGUUCUGAAGAUUCUGCCGUUCUUGUGAAAACUGCACUACGAAGACCUAUUUUUCCAAGAUUACACAGGUGUUCACGGGGACGGCGAUGAAGUAUGAAGGGUUGUUGGGCCGUUUCCUGCCCCUACUCUCCUCCGUCUGGGGGGUCUGCCAGUUGUGCCUCUUCUCGCUUCUGGUCGCCCUUUCGCUCCGGCUCUGCUGGGAGCUCCUGAAGUACUGGAAAAACGCCAGGAGGCUGCGGUGCUUCGCGCUGCCCCCCAAACGCAACUGGCUGCUGGGGCACCUCGGGCUGAUGCAGAACACAGAGGAGGGUCUGCAAGCAGUCGACCAGCUUGUGAGCACCUACCAGCACUCGUGUGCCUGGUUCCUGGGGCCUUUCUACACGCUGAUCCGGCUCUUUCACCCUGACUACACCAAGCCCAUCCUCCUAGCACCUGUCGCCGUAACCCUGAAGGACGAGCUGUUCUAUGGCUUCCUGCGUCCAUGGCUGGGUCAUGGCCUCCUCCUGAGUAACGGGGAGUACUGGGCCCGCCACCGGCGCCUCCUCACACCUGCCUUCCACUUCGAUAUCCUCAAGAUUUACGUUGGCAUUUUCAACAAGUCCGUCGACAUCAUGCAUGAGAAGUGGCGCCGCCUGGUGGCAGAGGGACACAGCUGUCAGGAAAUGUUUGAGCAGAUCAGCUUGAUGACGCUGGACAGUCUUCUGAAGUGCACCUUCAGCCACGACAGCAACUGUCAGGAGCAUCCCAGCGAGUACAUUUCUGCCAUCUAUGAGCUCAGCACCCUGGUGGUGAAACGGGAGCAUUGCAUGCUGCACCACUGGGACUGGCUGUACUGGCGCACGGCCGAGGGCCGCCGUUUCCGCCGUGCCUGCGCCGUGGUGCACGAGUUCACCGCCAGCAUAGUCCAGAAGCGGCGUGCACAGCUGCGCCUGCAGGGGGAGCCAGAGAAGCCGGGGGAUGGUCGCAAUACGAAGAAAGUGACUGACUUCAUUGAUGUGUUGCUGUUGUCUAAGGAUGAUGACGGCAAGGGGCUCACAGAUGAGGAGAUCAAGGCGGAGGCCGACACCUUCAUGUUCGAAGGCCACGACACCACGGCCAGCGGACUCUCCUGGGUCUUAUACAAUUUGGGCAAGCAUCCGGAGUACCAGGAGCGCUGCCGUGCCGAGGUGGACGACCUGCUGCAGGGCAGGGACAGCGAGGAGCUCGACUGGGACGACCUGUCCAACCUGCCCUUCAUCACGAUGUGCAUUAAGGAGAGCCUGAGACUGUACCCCCCCGUCCCCGCCGUCACACGUCGCCUUACCCAGGAGAUAACAGUGCCUGGGAAGCGGGUGAUACCACCAGGAAACAUCUCCCUGGUGAGCAUCUAUGGGACCCACCACAACCCCCACGUCUGGCCCGACCCGGAGGUUUACAACCCUCUCCGCUUUGACCCCAAGAAUUCCAAAGGACGCUCUCCUUAUGCCUUCAUCCCCUUCUCUGCAGGAGCCAGGAACUGCAUCGGACAAAACUUUGCCAUGGCGGAGAUGCGGGUGGCAACUGCGCUGACUGUGCGGCGGUUCCGCAUCACACCCCGGGACAGCAAGGUGCGGCGGCUGCCUGAGCUCAUCCUGCGCGCCGAGGGGGGGCUGUGGCUGCAGCUGGAGCCGCGAGACCCCCCCAGGGGGUAGCUGGGCCACGUGUCCGGUUGCAUUUCACCACCUUGCCUGCUUUACCUCAAGGAUCUUACUUGUUAUUUUCAGGGAGCCGGUCGAAAUUAAACUUGUGCUUUUGUAGCUCUGCAUGCUUUUUUUUCGGGGGGGGGGUUGAGUGUGUGACACCCCCUCGGGAGGCCUUGCUCUGCCUGCCUGAUGACCGUGAUGUUUGUCCUUUUGCUCAGACCCAACAUCAGUGUAUUAGUACAACCAAGUACAACCAAUUCCUAAGCUCAUCCACUAUGUCUGUAUUUGAAAUAAAUGCACAGUAAUUCAUAACAAUUAAUGUGCUCAGGUAUAUAAUGCAUUGUAUUUAUUAUUUCAUUUCCUGUGAGGCACUUUGAAUGACCUGAAUUAUGUCAUAAAACCCUUUGAAAAUGUGCUUUGCAUAUAAACUUGACUAAUGUUACAUGAUUAUUAGACCAAACAAAUACAGGACAUAAAUAAAUGUUGUCUCCCACAAAGAAA